UUUUAAUCAUCAAUAUUUAUUGAUAGAUCAGUUUAGAAGGGUAAUUCCACAUUACCUUCUAUGGCAAAGAUUAACACAUGGUUGAUAAACUCUAUUUACAAAUGCUCUUCGUGUUUCUUGGAACGAUGGGCUUCCCAAAGCCCUCACACAUUGGCUUAUCAUGUCAAAAGGGAGCAAGCCCAGUGGCAUAUGAAUGGGUUAUUCCACGAUUCAUUUUCUCUUCAAAUUGAUAUUUAUUGAGAUGGGAGCCCCGGUGAAGAGAUUUAACUCGGCAAUGAUGGACUCUUUUCCAGGUUUGUGGCAGCAUAUUCAGUUGUUGUACUAGCCUAUUCACAGUAACUGAUACUUCCCACCCCGAGCCCACCUUCGGGUAACACUAAUGUGUUGUUCCACAAUGUGCUUAUUCUCUGCCAAAGACUGUUCUGACAGAAGCCAUCACGAAAACAUGGCUUCACGCCUUCAUAUUCCAUUUGGUCAGUCUAAUAAGGAACAGGUCAGUCACCAUGAAAUGCGCGCCGAUGUGAUAGAAAAAACCAGUGGCAUCUUCGCAGCAGUUGCACACCAUGAAGCCGCAUGGAUUGAGCCUGAUAUUCAGGAUGAUCUCCGUGUUAUAUGUGAGGAUCUGCACAUCUCAAAAGCUGGAACUUAUCGGGAUAAGCUCUCGCCAGUCUUCUUUAAUCCUCUUGGAACGCAUAAUAUCCCCAGACUUGAUCUUACCGAUGCUCAAACCCAAGAAUCCAUCAACGACAUCACCGAAGAUUGGGACAGCCCCCCUCCGUGGCCACGGACAGUAACUGAUCAGCUUUACGAGUUAAUUUACGCCAUUGAAUACUACUUCAGGGAAGGCAGUCGCAUUUAUGAAUUAGAGUAUGGGUGGUCUAAUACGUUGUCACACUACGCAAAGUGGGUCGAAUGUGGGGGAAUUACCCCGCAGCUCAUCGCCGAAGAAUUUGAUCGUCCAAUUUGGGGAUCGCGUGGAUCAACACCAUAUCUCGGUUAUGUAGCAAGGAACCAGCUCAACAUGCCCCACACCCUGCUCGCAACGCUAACACGGUCAGAGGCGAAUGAGAAGCUUUCGAGGUCAGAGGCUUUGACCAUCUUGACGGUUAUGUUAACUAGGCUGAAGAGUGACGAUUUUCCCAACCACAAUGUCAUACCUAUAAUGUUGAUAAGUGUCUUCGCCGGAUUCCAGGUCAGGGUUCUAGAAGCCCACUACGAUUUCCGGGGACUCGUCAUUCGAAAGUCUAAAUUCCUAAGCUUCGCGAACCGCGACGCGGCGAUUCCGAACAUGGAUAUCUUGAUGAGUUUUAUGUGUUCCGAAGUGAUCGGGAACACAAGGGAUUUGAGAAUCCUGACCAAAGUGGACCCCCAGAUACCAUUGCAGUGAUAUGUGUGGCAAACUAACUGUUCAACUACAGCCGGAAACCCAAGUCCCCCAAUCCCUGGGCGAUGGUUGUAGUCUGGAUGACAGAGCUGUAUUGGGAUCAAGGAGGUUGGCUUCCCUGUUGCGGGUCUCGUGCGCCGUCGAGACCUCGCACACCGGACUUUCCAAGCCCCUCUGACGCCUGAUCAGAAGGGACUCUGGUGUGCGAAGAGAGUAGGACAGGGUGACUUUUAUCGGCUUUGACGUUUUGCCAACCUCUCAAAAUUCUUGUAGCGGGAGAGACUGAGCCCUGUGAGAUUGAUCAGGGAUUCCAAUUUACUUAGAACAAGCUGAAUGAGCUAAGCCCAGGAUGUGGCUGCCUG